AUGCUUUAAAAGCCCUUCUAAUUUGAUUUAUAGAUGUUCUCAUAAAAAUUUGAGUUUAACAAUAAAGAAAUAAUUGGAAAAGGUUUUGAUUCUAUUGUCUAUAAGGUCACUAAUAAAUAGGAUAAAGAUUAAUAUGCAUUGAAGUUAACAAGUUUUAAAGAUAUGUAACACAGAUUUAAUUUUUAACAGGAAAUACGACUCUUAUAUCAUUUGAAUCAUGAACACAUAGUAAAUUUUUUUGGAAACUCAAUGGAUGGUAGUUGUAUAUUGAUUGAAUAUAUGCCUCAUGGUAAUCUUGUAAAAUUGAUUGAUCUAUAACUUGACUUAAAGAUUAUAAAAUCAAUUUUAAAUUAGAUAAUGAGUGCUGUAAAAUAUUUACAUUAAAUGAAUAUUGUACAUGGUGAUAUUAAACCUGAAAAUGCGCUUAUUUCAAGAGAUUUCAUAAUAAAACUUUGUGAUUUUGGAUUUGCAAUUAUACAAAAUUAACCAAAUACAAAAUUAAGAGGAGGAAGUGAAGGUUAUACUGGUCCUGAAGUAGGUGCAAAUGAUGAUUAUGAUGCUAAAAAGUGUGAUAUGUUUUCGUUGGGAGUGGUCUUUUUUGUUUUGUAUAUAGGAUAUCGACCAUUCUUAAGUACACAUCCAUAAAGAUAGGAUAAAUUUUGGAAUUAUAUAAAAAAUAAAGAAUGGGAUAAAUUUUGGAAGAUUUUCGAAGCAAAAAAACCAGAUGUUGGAUUUAAGAAUUAUAUAUAAAAAUUAUUGUGUGCUGAUCCAAAUGAGAGAUACACAAUUGAAGAAGCUUUAUAAGAUGAUUGGUUUAAAAGCAAUCAAUACUCUAUAUCAUAAUUAGCCCAAUAACUUAGUAUACAUUUAACUAAAUAAUGA